AUGCAAUCGUUAAACAUCCAACCACACGGUCUCUCCAUGGGCACGGAACAGCUUUUCAUGCAAGGCCAAGCGUCAAACGAGCCACAACAGCCGCCUGGCAUCCCUAUGAACGGUAUGAAUCAGAUGUUUUCUGCGCAGCUGAACCAAGGAAGAGUAUUGAACCAACAACCCGGCUUGUUGCCCAAUCUACAAGCAUUAACAAAUAAUCAAGAUAUGAGCAAUGCCUAUUUAAUGAAACAGAAAAUCGAACCGAUGCUUUCGCAACAAGCUGCUGUUGCAGCACAAGUACAAGGACAACUGCCACCUCAAAAUGGCCAACCGCAACCCCAACUUUCCCUACAAGGUCAAAGCCAACUUCAGCAACAACAGCAACAGCAACCACAACAGGCAUUCAAUAUAAAUAUGGGUUCGAUUCCGCCUGGGAUAAAUGUCUUACAGCAGCCGGGAAUGAAUGUGGGACAGCCCGUGUCAGCGCAACUUAACAUGCCCAAACAGCUUCAUAUGAUGAACAAUCUAAAUAACAUGGUCGGGACGGGUGUUGGGAUAGGAGUUGGAGGCGCUGCACCACCACCACCGAUGAUGUUACCUCCACCUAAUCACUUGCUAAUCAGAGAUGUAUGGAAAAACAACCUAUACCAUGAAUUCACUACCAUUCGACAGCUAAUAGGACAAUACAAUCAUGUAUCUAUCAGCAGUGAGUUUGUCGGGACUUUGGCCAGGCCAAUUGGAACCUUCAGGUCUAAAGAAGAUUACCACUAUCAAACAAUGAGAUCUAAUGUUGACUUUUUGAAUCCAAUACAGUUGGGAAUUUCGUUGAGCGAUGGAAACGGUAACAAACCGGAAAAUGGUCCAUCAACAUGGCAGUUCAAUUUCAACUUCGACAUCGAUAAGGAAAUGGUGUCCGUUGAGUCAUUGGAGUUGUUGACAAAAUCUGGCAUAAACUUUGAAGACCAUCAUCAAAAUGGUGUUUCCACGUACGAGUUUGCACAACUGAUGAUGGAUUCUGGGCUUGUCAUGGACCCCGAAGUGACUUGGAUUACGUACCAUGCCGCAUACGAUUUAGGAUUUCUAGUUAACAUUUUGAUGAACGAUAUUAUGCCGAACAAUAGAGAGGACUUUGAGAAAUGGGUUCACACUUUGAUGCCAAACAUGUUCGAUCUAAACCUAAUUUUCAAAGUGAUCCGAGACCUACAAAAUCCGCUGCCGCAAGGAGCUCAACAAGGCCAAACCUCUUCCCAGUUUACAUUGACAAGUCUGGCCGAUGAGUUGGCCAUUCCAAGAUUUCCGGUCUUCACAACUACAGGUGGGCAGAGUCUUCUGAUGCUAUUGUGCUUCUGCCAGUUGAAUAAACUAUCCAUGCAUAAAUUUCCUAACGGAGUGGACUUCGGAAAGUACAAGAACAUUAUAUAUGGUAUUGAUGGGGAAGACCUACGCUGA